CUCAAUUUGGUUUCUCAAAAUUAACUCCACAGAACAGCUGCACGCAUUACCGACUGUCAAGGACCCCGUGGAACCUUACUUUUCUCUCAUGGUUGCUUUUGUAUUUUUCCUGUAGUCCUGACUUUUGCUUGACUCAAACAGUGCUUUACAACAUGUGCAGACUUUGGAGGAUAGCAUUUCUGCUCUGUGUCAAAUUGGUGGACACUGCAAAUGGGAAUACAGGACUAAUGCCUAAAAGAGAGACAGCAGCUUCCUCCUGCUAUGGGGGUUUUGACCUGUACUUUGUACUAGACAAAUCAGGAAGUGUGCAGCAUCACUGGAAUGAAAUAUAUAACUUUGUGGAACAUCUGGCCCAUAAGUUCAUAAGCCCUCAGUUGCGGAUGUCCUUCAUUGUAUUCUCUGAUCAGGGCAAUAUUUUGAUGUGGCUUACAGAAGACAGGGACCAAAUUCGGAAAGGUUUGGAGGAACUCCAUAAAGUUCGACCAGGUGGAGACACGUUUAUGCAUGAAGGCAUUCAGCGGGCCAGUGAACAGAUUUACUAUGGUAACUCUGAGGGAUAUCGCACAGCCAGUGUGAUCAUCGCCCUCACAGAUGGAGAACUGCACGAAGAUCUCUUCUAUUAUGCUGAGAGAGAGGCCGAUCGGUCUCGCAGCCUGGGUGCCUCUGUGUACUGUGUAGGAGUGAAGGAUUUCAAUGAGACUCAGCUGGCCAAGAUUGCUGACAGCAAAGACCAUGUCUUCCCAGUAAAUGACGGCUUUGAAGCUCUUCAAGGUGUCAUUGGUUCGAUCUUGAAGAAAUCAUGCAUAGAAAUCCUUGCUGCUGAACCUUCCAGUAUCUGUGCUGGAGAGGCGUUCCAAGUCGUCGUGAGAGGAAAUGGAUUCCUUCAUGCUAGAAAUGUGGACAAGGUUCUUUGCAGCUUCAGAAUAAAUGACACCCUUACCAGAAUGGUGAAGCCAUUGGUGGUGGAGGACACAUAUCUGCUCUGUCCAGCUCCUGUUCUUCGAGAGGAGGGAACGGCAGCCUCCCUUUACGUUAGCAUGAAUGAAGGCUUGAGUUUUAUCUCUAGUUCUGUUACUAUCACCACUGUUAGAUGUUCUGAUGGUACAAUACUGGCCAUAGCGCUACUGAUAGUGAUGCUACUGCUAAUUCUGGCUCUCCUCUGGUGGUUUUGGCCUCUCUGCUGCACAGUGAUUAUCCAUGAACCUCCACCACCAGUAGUUGAAGAUAGUUCGGAUGAUGAAGAGGAUGGAACUCCGAAGAAGAAGUGGCCCACAGUCGACGCGUCCUACUAUGGAGGAAGAGGAGUUGGCGGCAUUAAAAGAAUGGAGGUUCGCUGGGGUGAGAAAGGUUCAACCGAGGAGGGUGCUAAACUGGAAAAGGCAAAAAACGCGAGGGUAAAGAUGCCUGAGCAAGAGUUUGAAGUUCCUCCUGCUCGCAUCCUAAAUAAUGGCAUGCGGAAACCUCCAGGCCCUCGUAAAUGGUACUCACCCAUUAAGGGAAAACUGGAUGCAUUGUGGCUACUUCUGAAGAAAGGGUAUGACAGAGUGUCCAUCAUGCGACCACAACCUGGAGACAAGGGUCGCUGUAUGAACUUCACACGCAUUAAGUCUAGUCCCCUUCAACGCUAUCCAUCCUACAACCACCAUUCUUCACCCAUCUACACCCCUCCAUGCACCCUUAGCCCACCCCCUCCUCAGGGCCAGCUGCCCCCUCCUCCGCAUAGUCCACCCACCUCCCUGUCCUCCAGCUUUCCUUUGGCACCAUCUACGCCCCCACCUCACGCCAUCAACCCGUCUCCACCCAUCACUCCUCCACCAUCCUAUUCUCCACCCCCUGUCUGGUCCUCGUCUCCUAACACUCUCUACUUUUCUCCGCCCACAUCUCUGCCCUCUCUUCCACCAUCUCCUCCUGCCUCACUGCCCCCUCCCCCUCAAGCCCCGCCUCCAGGAAGAGCUCCUCCUCCAGAUCGCCCACCUCCACGGCCUUGUGUGUAAUGUGAAACAUUUGUAUGGGACUACUACAAGGACUGGAAGUAAACAGGAAAUAUACAUUUUCCAUAUCCUCCUCAAGAUUCCGUUGCUGUGUGGCCUAAUGCAAUAAAACGUGAUACAAAGAUCACCUGUGGCAUCAAGGGCAUUUGCUCCUGUGAAAGAGCAAUGAAAUGGAAUACAAGCCACCAUGAAACUCUAUAGGGAGCAACAAUCAGAAUCACACCAGGCAUUGCAAAGAAAUGGAAAAUUCACACAGAGUUCCUCAGCAGAUGCCAUUUGUGAGUUUAACCAAGCUUUGAGAAUGGAAGUGGCUGGUUCCAUUAAUGGAUUCAUGGAUGUUUCACAGUUGCAUGCACAUGGGACAUUUGGCGGGCUUUCUCAUUCAGAGGAAUUAAGAAAAUCUAUGCACAUUUUUGGGUCCACCACAUACAGGUCUUCUUCAUUAAAUGGCAGAACUAAACAUUGUGUCUCAUUUACUAAAAGUUCCAUGGGUUACACUUAUAUGCACAGAAAACAGUUCUUCCAGAUUUAAAACUAUGUACAUAAAUUGGUUUUUAACUUCAUAAUGUUGAAAGACUGCAUACCCUUAUUUACUAAUUUGCAUAAACACACCCAUCUCCAUAUAAGAGUUUGUGUACUAUAGAACGCAACAGUCGUGUUCCAGAAGUAAAAAUGCCAUUCAUUAGCUGUUUCCCCCCACCUAUUUUUAUGCACAUUUUGGGAUAUUGCACAAAACAAAAACUGAAUGGAACUGCUAAAAUGCACAUAAAUUCUAAAAAUGCACAUAAAAAAACAUAUGCGCUCAACUGAGUCUGAUGAAUUUUUUAUACAAUAAGAAAACAUGCACAUAAACUAUGAUUGCAACACAUUUACAGAAUAAAUUCAUCGAUGUGCAUCAAAAAAAAGUAAUGUAACCUAGCACAAUGACCACAUUUAUUGCAUUUUGUCAGAGCUGUCCGAGGCACAAGUAAUUUAUUAUAUAUCAAAAAAGAC